AUGACGAAAGAAGCACAACAACUCCCCACCCACUAUGGAUCCAUAUCUCCGUCGACCCCUGUCUAUCAACAGCUCGAAUCCGACAGCUCCGAUCAAAGUCACAACAACAACAACCAUCAUCAGACCAAUUUGUACAAUUGCGGCGCUCCAUUAUUGAUUCAUGAUCUCAAAGAAAACAUCAAGGAAGAAAUAGAGGUCAUCAAGGAGGAAAUGGACACGCUGGCUCAUGCUCAUUUCGUGCUCAGUGAACAAGCCAUUGUGGACACCGAUCGUCUUCAUCAUAUUCCGGCGGCGGGCACUGCAACCAUUCCUUCCGAAGUUGCCAACAUGACCAAGAAUUUGAUUGGAGGGGGUGUAUUGUCCUUGUCGGGAGGAAUAGCUCUGUAUGCCAACAGCCCAACCGCCAUUGUCUCUGCGAUUCUGUGGGUAGUCUUGCUGGGAGCUGUGUUUGGAUAUUUUUGUCUAUUGAUUGGAAAGGCCUGUGACAUGUCCCUGUCUGGAACGUAUCGUGAAUGCUGGGAAAGGACAGUGGGGCAUCGAGGCGGUCUUGGGGUGGCCGUGGCAAGUACUGUUGAUCCGCUGAUUGGAAUCUUUGCCAAUGCUUCCAUCCUGUCGCAGUCGUUACAACUCAUCUUGCAGGGCAUCGAUAUUCACCUCAACGUGACGGAAUGCUUGCUCUUGAUUACCUUCCUGGCGCUGCUGCCUCUCUGUCUCAUGAAAAAUCUAGAUGCUCUGGCUCCUUUCUCGGCAUUGGGCAUGGCAUCGGUCCUUUGCGCUCUUGGUUGCAUGACCUUUCGAUACCUAGAUGGUUCCUAUCUGCCCGAUGGACAAUUCUACAAUGACAUUCCAAUAAACAUGCGACCCAGCUUUGGAACCUCCAGCCGGCCCUUUUCGAUGGAUGCCUUGCCAUUUGUCUGUAUGGUGUACACCAGCUUUGACAUGCACUACAACAGUCCACGCUUCUAUGCCGAACUCAAAGAUGCCAGCAUCCCUCGUUUUGGUCAAGUCGUGGGAUAUUCCUUUGGAAUUACAGCUGCAAUCUACUUCUCCAUUGCCGCUGUGGGAUUUUUGACAUUUGGCGCCAAUUCAGACUCGUACAUUUUGAACAACUAUUCGACACGAGACAGCCUGGCCACUCUGAGUCGCAUCACCAUUGGGCUCUGCAGUUUGGUUUCCUAUCCGCUCAACUUUAUUGGUGUACGGGACAAUUGCCUCGAUAUUCUCGGGAUCACAGACGAGGUGGACACCGAUGCCAAGUUGAAUCUCUUUACCAUUCUGCUCCUUUCCAUCAUGACGCUGGCUUCGUGUUUUGUUACAGACCUUGGUCUGAUCAACUCAGCCGGUGGAGGAGCCACUGCUACAUUUGUGUGUUUCGUCUUUCCUGGUUUGAUGUUCCGGGAAGCCAUGAAGAAGCAUGGAAGAGGACCCAAAUGGGAGUCAUCCUUUGCAACAACUCUGAUGAUAUUGGGUGCGGUGAUGGGAUGUGUUGGUGUCUACGUCUCUACUGCAUUGGCUUGA